AUGAUUCGAAGACCCUUAACAGAAAUAAAAUUGAAAUUAGAAGACUUGCAAGAAUAUGAAAAUUCUAAAAGAGAUCAAAACCACUUGUCGUUGUUACAAUCAAUGCGAAAUGACUAUGACAAAAUAACAAUUACUUCUCCAGUAGGUGGACCAAAAACAACCGAAGAAAUACAUGAGCGAAUCGGAUAUGCACCUAAAAAAAAUUUUCUUCAAGCGCAACAAUAA